UCGCCAUUAGUAAAUUCAAUGACGCACACUCGCUUGCAUCAGCGUGGUUGGACUUCACUUACCCGCAAAAGUUGUCUUAUCUGCCACUCCCGUAUAUUAGUACACAUCUCCGCGGCCAGGUGGAGGAUAGUCGAGAGCAACCGGCCACGAUGAAACUAUUUGUGAGCGAAGGCAACCCGCAUUGCCUUAAAGUGUUAGCUGCUUUAGAAGCAGCUGGAGUGCAGUGUGACGUCCAAUUUGUCAGCCACGAAGACAAACCUGUGCCCUUCCUGAGCCGCCCAUCUUUGCCAGCGCUGCUCCUCCCUAAUGGAGAGCAUCUUUUCAGCCCCAAUGCCAUAUGCCGGUACAUGUUUGAAGUGAGCGGACAGGAGUGCAAUGAGCUUUGCGAUCAGUGGCUGGAAUGGGAGGCCACAAAUCUCCAACCUGCUCUUCUACAGACCCUGUACAUGGCAGUGCUUCAGGGAAAAGAAUCUGAGGCUCCCAAGGUCCUCAUGGGACCUCUCAGCUACUUGGACCAAAGCUUGAAUAAGGCCGCCACACCUUACUUAACUGGGGAUGUUCCUUCAGUUGGUGAUUUUGUUUUGUGGGCUGCACUGCAUCCGAUUUUAUCUGAAUCAUCUCUAGAUAUAGGUGAACACAAGUCUGUGAGGGUUUGGUUUGACCGUGUGGCUGCCUCAAAGGCCUGCCUGUCAGCAGCCCACAAAGUGCUGCAGGGAAAAGGCCUGCUGGCUAUGAGGAGUUUCAUGCAGAGGCAGCCUGCCCCUCAGAGCGGCCAGUGCAGAGGCACACAGCCAUGCAACAGCAGGACUGCUGAGGAUGACGAAGGAGAGCGUGUGGUGUCACAAGAAGAGAUGGAGGCGGCUGCUAUGACAUGGAGCAAACAUUUAAACGUCUGUCAGUCAACUACAGACAGAGUGCACCCUAUUCUGCCACAGAAGGGCCAGCGAAAUAUCCUGUUGACGAGUGCCUUGCCCUACGUUAACAAUGUGCCCCACUUGGGAAACAUCAUUGGCUGUGUCCUCAGCGCUGACGUCUUCUCCAGGUACGGCCGUAUGCGAGGCUGGAACAUGUUGUUUGUGUGUGGCACAGACGAGUAUGGCACCGCCACGGAAAACAAAGCCAGAGAAGAAGGCCUGUCGCCGCAGCAGAUCUGCGACAAGUACCAUGCCAUUCAUGCCAGCAUCUACGAGUGGUUCCAGAUAGACUUUGACUUCUUUGGAAGGACCACCACAGAGAAGCAGACGGAGAUAUCACAGAACAUUUUCUGGAGGCUCCACGAGAACGGCUUCCUAUUGGAAGACACGGUGGAGCAGCUCCGUUGCGAGAGCUGUCAGCGUUUUCUGGCUGACCGCUUUGUUGAAGGCACUUGCCCCCACUGCAACUACCCAGACGCCCGUGGUGACCAGUGUGACAAGUGUGGGCGGCUCAUCAAUGCAGUGGAACUCAAGGCACCUCACUGCAAAGUCUGCAGUCAGACUCCAGUCAUCUGUUCCUCCAAACAUCUUUUCCUGGAUCUGCCAAAAUUAGAGGCUCAGCUGGAGCAGUGGCUAGAGAAGUCCACCAGCACCGGAGACUGGACCUCCAAUGCCAAACAGAUCACUCACUCCUGGCUAAGAGAUGGACUGAAACCACGCUGCAUCACUAGAGACCUGAAAUGGGGAACGCCGGUACCUCACCCUGACUUCAAAGAAAAGGUGUUCUAUGUGUGGUUUGAUGCCCCUAUCGGUUAUCUUUCCAUCACUGCCAACUACACUGACAAAUGGGAAAUGUGGUGGAAGAAUCCAGAUCAGGUGGAGCUGUACAAUUUCAUGGCCAAAGACAAUGUGCCGUUCCACAGUGUGGUGUUUCCCUGCUCCCUUCUGGGAGCUCAGGAUGGCUAUACACUGGUCAACCACCUGAUUGCCACUGAAUAUCUGAAUUAUGAAGACACAAAGUUCUCCAAGAGCCGUGGUGUUGGCGUGUUUGGCGACAUGGCCAAGGACACCGGUAUCCCGUCUGACGUGUGGCGCUUCUACCUGCUCUAUGUGCGUCCAGAAGGACAGGAUUCCACCUUCUCCUGGGCGGACAUGGCUAUGAAGAACAACUCGGAACUGCUCAAUAACUUGGGCAACUUCAUUAACAGAGGCGGCAUGUUUGUUUCUAAGUUCUUUGAUGGCUCUGUGCCUGUGAUGGAGCUGCUGCAGGAAGAUAAGAAGCUCUUGGCUUUAGUGGGCUGGGAGCUCCAGCAGUACAUCCAGCUCAUGGACAAAGUCAAAAUUCGUGAUGCUCUGAAACACAUCCUCAACAUCUCUCGCCAUGGCAACCAGUACAUUCAAGUCAAUGAACCCUGGAAGAAGAUCAAGGGAGGAGAUGCAGAACGGCAGCGUGCAGGCACUGUCACUGGUGUGUCCGUCAACAUCGCCUGUCUGCUGUCAGUCAUGCUGCUGCCCUACAUGCCAGCAGUCAGCCAGACCAUCAGGGAUCAACUGAAUGCCCCUCAAUCCUGCGUCAACACCAUGUUGCAAGGCACCGGUACCUUUACAUGCGUGCUGGGCGCGGGCCACCGCAUUGGAACCGUUAGUCCAUUGUUCCAGAAACUGGAGGUGGAGCAGAUUGAGUCUUUGAAGAAGAGAUUUGGGGGACAGCAGCCUGAAGAUGAACCAGCAAAAAAGAAGACAGCGUCUCAAAGCGCUGCCAGCACGCCCGCUCUCGCCGCCGUAGAUGUCGAGGUGGCUGCAGCCAACGCCGCAGCGGACCCGGAAAAAGCCAGGCAGCUGACGCAGGCCGUGGCGGAGCAGGGCGAGAAGGUGCGAGCCCUGAAAGCGCAGAAGGCGGACAAGGCGGCGGUCACGGCCGAAGUGGCUAAACUGUUGGAGCUGAAGAAGCAGCUGGUCUUGUCUGAGGGGAAAAGCCCCGAGCCCGCGCUCGUCAAGGCCAAGAAGAAAUGAGACGCAGAAAGUUCCAAACGGUGUGAGGUUAGUGGUAGGAGGGGGGAAGUGGCUUUGAGGUGCGGUACUGGAGGAAAAGGAACAUGAUGUAGACGGCGAGAUGAGGGUGUUAGCCAAAGGCAAAGCUGUGACGGGAUCUAAGACAACAUGGUGCUGGCACUGAGGGCUAAUGGAAUGCUGGUGAGGCCGGCGGGGAAAUGAAAACACACAAAGGGAGUCAAAUGAAUUCUGCUAAAGAAUGGAGGGAUUUUUCCAAAUCCCUCCACCAAGAGAAACUGAUUUUAUACUCUUGCUGUAAUAUUGGCCUCCGAAUGUGCUCUGUGUAUUUGAUUUUUUUUUUAAAUCUUUUUAUAUUCUUUCUAUAGAAACCCGUUGACUAUCAAAACUUAUGAUGAAACUCUUUUCCUAUUUUCUGCAAAUACAAUUUUACCAAAUAAAUCAUGCAUUAACAA